UCGCGUUUUUCAUAUUAAAUAUAAAUUAAUUAGGUGUGCGGUGUUGAGUAAAAACUCCAUUACCCACAAACACCUUCGCAGACGAUUGUCGGGGUGUCGCGGUCAGCUGACGCCAGUCACAUGACAGACAGACAGACAGAGCAGCUUGUUCGUGAAGUAGGAAAGUAAUAUAUAUGCAAUUAUCACCUUUACAAAAUGUUUUCGUCAACAUCGGAAUCCUCUUGAUCGCCAUUUCUCUUACAUUAUGAAUUACCUGAUUACCAUCAUCGCACUAAACUAGCUGUCUCAGGUUGUCAUCGAGCUAAAAACGUCAAAAUGAGUCCAGAAGGGAAAGCCCUGCUCAACAUUAUUAUCCUGGGCUUGGGAUUCAUGGUUAUGUUCACUGCUUUUGGGACCUGCGGGAACAUUGAACAAACCGUGAUAAAGAGCUUUAAUAGCACUGAGUUUCAUGGAAGUGGAUACACAAGCAUGGCGAUUAUCUAUGCAGUGUUCUCUGCCUCAAACCUUAUCGCUCCCUCAGUGAUAGCCGUCAUUGGACCGCUAUUAUCUUUGUUUUUCGGUGGUCUUGUUUACAGCGCAUAUAUUGCUGUGUUCAUUCAUCCCUACACAUGGUCAUUCUACACAUUCUCAGUUUUACUUGGGAUCGCAGCUGCAGUGCUAUGGACAGCCCAGGGGAACCUACUAACCAUUAACUCUAAGGAUUCCACAAUAGGAAGAAACAGUGGAAUAUUUUGGGCAUUGAUGCAGUUUAGUUUAUUCUUUGGCAAUCUGUAUAUAUAUCUUGCAUGGCAUGGAAAGACUCACAUAACAGACAAGGAUCGUCAAACUGUCUUCAUCACACUUACGGUCAUCAGCCUAGUUGGCAGCUUCCUCUUUUUCCUGAUCCAGAGGCCAGACCCAGAACCGGCACCAUCUGAUGCCUCUGAGUCACUUCUUCCGACAGACAUCUCGGACAGUAGCUCAGUGGUAGCAUCUCAGGGUCUGGGCUCUCAAGCACUGGAUGCAUUCAAGAAAUCCAUACAACUAGCAGUGACCAAAGAGAUGCUGUUGCUGAGCAUUCCUUUUGCUUACUCUGGGCUCGAGCUGACCUUUUACAGUGGGGUAUAUGGGACAUGUUUAGGGGCCAUGUCUAAAUUUGGAGGCGACGCUAAGGGUCUCAUCGGCCUCUCAGGAAUUUUGAUUGGCGUUGGUGAAAUACUGGGAGGGGGAGUGUUCGGGAUCCUGGAUAAAUGUAACCGCUUUGGCAGAAACCCAGUGGUGUUUCUCGGAAUGGUUACCCAUUUUGUGGCAUUCUACCUUAUUUUCCUCAACAUAGCCAGCGAUGCUCCUGUGGCCCCAGAGGAAGGCACACAGAUGCAAGCUUACAUGCAGCCCAGCGUGCUUGUGGCUUUGAUAUGCAGUUUCUUGCUGGGCCUGGGUGACAGUUGCUUUAACACUCAGCUCAUCAGCAUUGUGGGUUUCUUGUUCCGGGAAGACAGCGCCCCUGCCUUUGCAGUCUUCAAAUUUGUACAGUCCAUCACAGCUGCUGUGGCCUUCUUCUACAGUAACUAUCUUCUCCUGCAAUGGCAGCUGCUCAUCAUGGUGCUGGUGGGCUUCUGGGGUACGGUAACUUUCUUUGUGGUGGAGUGGAUAGCUAUGAGCAGUCGAAGGAACUCUGAUCAUGGCAGUAUCUGAUUAGUACAGAAACUGACAGAAAUACUGUCACAGUAUCAUCCUUACAGGCCAUUUCUUCCUCUGGUUUAUCCUUUAGCCUUCUAAACUUGGGAAGCACCUAGUAUUACCUGGAUUCAUUCUUUCUAAAAGAAUCGGCGUCAUAGAUUAAUAUUCUUUACUUGCACAUGAAAAUAAGUUUACUCCUCUAAGGGCCUUUAAGGUUCAGCCUUUAAGGUUAAUGCUGUAACACAACGACAGUUUAUUUUUUAUAACAUUUGGACUGUGCAAUGCCAGUCACCAUGUGCUGGAAGAUUUAGAACAAUUUAGAUCGCACCAUCUUUCCAACAAUAUCAUAUAUUUUUGUUGGACAUUGAAAGUGUCAAAAUUGAUUGAGAGAAUAGCCAAGAAUGAAAUGUAUCAUCAUUUACUCAGCCUUACAUCAUUCCAAAUCCACAAGAUUUGUGCUAGUGAAACACACUAAGAGAAUAUUUGAAAAACAUGUUUAUGCAACUCGACUCUUCCAUACAACAUGUCUGUCAUGUUCUAAAAACAAAAUAAACUAAUAAUCACUAAAAAAUUGGGAAAAAAAGAGUAAAAGAUUUUGGUCAUAUCACAUGGAUGAACUACCAUCUUUCUGCAACUUGUUGUAAAACUAUGGAAAAGAGCCAAUGAUGGUUAGUUCAUAAAGUUUGGUUAAAAAUAUUCUCAUUUUGUGUUCCAUUAAAUGUAUAACAAGAUUAAGGUGAGUAAGUAAUUACUUAUUCACCUCUAGGUAAAUGUUUCAUGAAGUAAUUCAGUUGUUGUAGUGAAAUUAAGAGCAAAUGCAAUAAAUCACUGAGCUGUGGAAUAUCAUAUACAUGUACAUAUGCUGUGCAGUGCACUACAAAAAUGCAAAAUUUGUAUUUUUUUCACUAACUACAAAAUCAGCAUCAAAGUGAGACACUUGACAGCAUAUUUAAAGCAGUCAGUAAAUAGAUAUGGGUUCAUUGUUUCUUUGUUUUAAUAUUUUUGUCAGUUGACUUUUUUUAAAGAGAGCAUUUUUUUUUGCCAAAGAAUGAAGGACUCUUUAGCAGUUUGAGAUCUGUAUUUUGUUUAUUUGUCUGAACUGAUAUAUUGCAAGUCUGACUAAAUCUUUAGAAACAGACAGAUCAUGAAAAAUCUAAUUGCUUCCACAUUAAAAUCAAUUUGACAGCAUGUCAAAAGUAAAUAUAUAUCAGAGGAGAUUUGGAAAAAACAUUUGUUAUUAAUCAAUUGCAGUACAUGUACUGAGACCUAAUUUGCAUGAAAUUAGAUAUAUAUGCAUUGUUGUAUAGAACAUGCAUUGUUCUAUAAGUUUAACAGAAUCUGUUCAGUUUUACAUGUAAUUGUUUCAGGGCAAUCUACAGGAUUUUGAGGGAAAAUGUGAUAUGAAUAUCUGAUCUUAUACUUGAAUGUAUCUUACUGUAAAAAUGGUAAUGGCACCUGGAUUUCUUUUAAAAAAAAAUAUAUUUAUACAUGGGAUGAAAAAACUUUGUCAGCCUUUGAUUCUUAUGUCUAUGCUUUGCUGUUUAUUAUGCACAUUAUUGUGCUGCACAAAUGGUUUUUCAAGUUAAUAAAGGUUAAUCUUACUAAUCUUUUCUAUCAAAAAAAAUUCUCGAUCACAUUAAGAAAGAGGUAAGUCAAAGUAAAAACGUACUUCUGCUACUACAAAAUAUUUUCAUUAAUUGUACGCUUUCAGAAAAAAAAAUGCUGUCACUGUGAUUGUACUCUUUUAGGUGCCAUUUAAAGAUACAGAUUUGGUAACAAUAAAGGCACUGUUUAUGCCCUAGUUAGUUACUUAUUUAGUGUAAUAAUCAUGAUUUGUGGUAGGAUAAUUUAUGAGAUAUUCUCUGUAUGGGGGACCAAACCUGAAAUA